CAUUGCCAAUGCACUUGGUCGUAAAUUUCAUAGAAUUUCUCUGGGAGGUGUUAGGGAUGAGGCUGAAAUUCGUGGGCACCGUCGAACUUACCUAGGUGCCAUGCCUGGACUUAUAGCACAAGGGCUUAGGAGAGUAGGAGUCAAUAAUCCUGUCUUUUUACUUGAUGAAAUAGAUAAAGUAGGGCAUUUGAGUCUGCACGGAGAUCCAUCUGCUGCACUACUGGAAGUACUUGAUCCAGAGCAAAAUAAUGCUUUUAAUGAUCAUUAUCUCAACGUCCCACUGGAUCUAUCUAAA